AUGACUUUUACGUGCGAUACGGACAAGGACAUCAAGAACAAGGAGGCCACAUCGCGACAACAUGUUGAUGAACGGCCAUGCCAGUCUGGAUUUGCAACUCGUUUCCCUUCCAAAGCAGAAGUUGGCACUAUGCUUCUCGCCGCUUUGGAAAAGCUGGCGCACUUGUAUUCGGUGUGGGUCCUUUUCGGCGUGAUCGCCUUCGUCACGCACCUGGGUGAAGAUAUUCCCGAACUUGCAUUUUUAUUUCCCGGCGGUGCCGGUGGUGGGAAUGUCCACUUUGUGGAGAAGAUGCGAGAUGGUCAACAAGGCGCGAGGUCGAUGAACAUUGCGACGAGCAGCGUCAGCCGAUCUUCUUUUUGGGGCAGGAAAAUACUAGAGUACCUCACCCACAAUGUCCCACUUGCGGCUACCUUUGUCAUUCCACAUACGGGGUUGCCAAUCCUUUACCGUUUGGCAAAUACGAAAGGUAGCUGGCUGUGUUGCAACAGGAAUUUACCUAUUUCGAAAACAACAUUCUUGUUUUGGUACAACCUUCAUUCGGCGGCGAGCCUUCACUUUCUUUUGGCCUUCUAUCGUGGCAUUGACAGCAGCCUACUCUUAUGGCUCAAUACAUAGUUCAUUUCUACGAAUCAUUUUUCUCUCUUUUCUUCUUGGGAUAGAUGCUGAAGAUGAAAUGAUAUCACCAAGAAAUGAACUAUGUUUUAAGCUCGCACUUUGUGCGAGAUCUCUUGUAUCUAAUACUCGUGGAUCUGUCCACGGUCAUGCUCGGGCGAACCCACUUUACUUUGGUUUUGCCAGUGAUUGUCGUGGCGUACGCGCUUUUCCUGAGCGACGGAAUAGGGCGGAGGAUGCUCUUUCCUCGGAUCGUGACACGCUCAGUACUAAAAAUAGACCACGUCGACGAACAGAAUAAUUUACUAAACGACGAUGACAAGCAAGAACGUCAGCAACACGACCAUGAUAGAGGUAGGAGAUUCUCGUCAGUAUCAGGCGAGCAAAAUGCGUGCUGGAAAAGCAGAGAACAAGAAGAUACUCAUCUGGACAAAACAUGCCAGCAAGCUUGCGUGUCGAAAACGUCAGUGGGUUCGACAUGUUCAAUUUAUGACGAACCUGACUCCGGGUCAUCUGCGAAAAAAACAAAUUCAGAUGCUCAUACGUCGGAUGAAGACGUAAAAGAGAAAAAGAAUUUUUCAAACGAUCGUUUUCACCACAACGGAACUGUACCGCCAAAUCGUUUGACGUCUUCGUGUCCGCUAAGCGUGGUUCGCCAGCUUCUUACGAACAGUUUGAGUCAAAAACGAGUUGAUCGCGAUGACGUUACUGCGGUGGUCACGAACAGCCAUAUCAGGGGCACUCACAUAUUGCACGAUGACGCUACCACGGUUUUACAACAAACAAGAAAUGAUAGCACAUUUUCGCUCCGUCGAACGGAAUUGGUGUCAAAGCAGCUAUGCCGUCAAGGAAACGGAACCUCGCCGACUAUUCUUUCAAGGAGACAAGAAGAUUCAAGCGACAACUCAUCGCCAAAAUUUAUCUUGUGUCAGGGAAAGACUCCGAACGAGGAGACAAAGGCAUCAAGUACAUCUGCUUUUUCAAUUAGGACUUCAGCCAUCACAAGAACAUCAAGUACCUCACAAGCCACAUGUUCGUCACAAUCGCGGAGGGGGAAUUUGGAUAUCAUCACAGCGAUGGCAACUGCGGUUACGCAAAGUCGGUUCGGAGUGCUGGGUUUCAUUUUGUUCAGUGGCCUUUCGAUCAUCCCCCUACGCUUCUCGUUGGAUGACUUAAUUUUGCGCGUAUCUGCUGCCGUGUAUUUGCGCGUGCGGUCGCCAGCCUUUCGUCGGUUCAGUCUCAAAAUUGCCCAGACACACUACGUCAUUUGGCUCUUACGAGCACUUGUGCUACUGUUAUUUUGUGGCGUGGGAGGAGCCUCCGGCGGCACAGAUCAAAUAAUAGGCACCAUGGUGAACAAGAUGCUGUUGUUCUACGAGCAGCAGAGUUACAACAAAUAUGUAAUUGGGGGCGAGAACAAUGUUGAGCAAGCGAGUGGGGACGAAUUAAGUGGAGUAGAGAGCGGGCUACGAGAUGGAGGUUUUUGCAAGUCGGGUAUGCCGGUACCAGUAGGAGGAGCGACUGCAAGUUUGCGUUACACAAAAGCUGAUUAUGAUGCUAGUAGUUUCACGAGUUUCGGACUACAUUUGUUGAAUAAACAGCCACGAGAAAAUUUUGACGAAGACACCACCGGAUCGAUACUGCAUGUUGGAGGAAGUAAUAACUUAUUUUCCUCUUCAUUCAUGAUGUCACCUUUGCUAGCAUUCCAUGAGCAUGGGUAUGGAGAUGGUGCUUUUAGCAGUAGUUGUAUGGGAGUAUUGGUUUUUUUGUGCAGCAGGCUCCCACAACUCCUGGUCGCUUUUUGCGUAGCAAUGAUUAUGCUUCGUCUUGACCGUUUAUGA